AUGAUUAUUAGUGCAUAUCUUACUGGUACUAAACAAACAGACAUUUCUACUCAACUUAAUAUACCAACUAGUACUGUAAGCAAUAUAAUAAAAAAGUAUAAAGAAACAGGUUCUACUGAACCUAAGCAACAUUCUGAAAGACCAAAAUUACUCAAAAAAU